ACACACCUGCUGGCGUACGCACGUAAGUUAUAAUCACUAUUGCAUGCUCGUGCAUAUCGUGAAUGAUUUAAAAGCCGCCAGGUAUAGGCGCCCAGAAAAUGGAAACAUCUUCAACCGCAAGAAGUUGAGCAAAAAGUGUGGAAGCCAAUCUCAUUUAAAGGAUCCCAAAACACGGAUAUAAGAUAUGCCUAUUGCAAAGAGCGAAAGUAUGCAGUUUGGGAUGGAGGCUGCAUUAUGGAUGAUAUGGAUAUUCGCUUCCACUUUGCUCGCAACAUGCGGUGUGAUCUGGGUGCUGAAGCGGCGAUACCGCCAUGGAUUCUUCAAGCGUCUAGGCAUCCCUGGUCCGGAGCCCGAGCUCCUUUUUGGCAACUGGCAGCAGCUCAGGAAAGACAGAAUCAAUGUUAUGGAGGAUUGGAUUAAAAAAUACGGAAAGAUUUUUGGCUACUUCAAGGGGGCGGUUCCUUUCUUCAUCAUCAGCGACGUAGAGAUGAUCAAGCAGUGCGUUGUGAAGGAAGCGCAGACUUUCUACGACCGUCCGGAGCCCAGCAUCAGCAUACAGCCCUACAUUCAGACUCUUCUCUUCCUCAAAGGUGACGAAUGGAAGAAAGUGAGGACGUUGAUGAACCCCAGCUUCACAUCUGCAAAGAUGAAGCUGAUGACGCGCAUCAUCGACGCCUGUGCGGACGAGAUGCUGGACGUGUUGGGUCGCAAGGCCAAGGAGGAGGCCCCCGUUGAUGUGGGCAAGGUCUCCUGCGGAUUUUCGCUGGACGUCAUCGCCAAGUGCGCUCUCGCCUGGCAGGUACGCGAGGCACUACCUCCGGGAAAAUGCGCUCCGAAGAAAGCGCGCCUCUCUUUUCAUACAGAACACGCGGGAACUCAAUCACCGCGAUUGACGCGGGGAUAAAUCCACAUUUAAUUAUUCGCGAUUUACGCAACGCUGCUACGCCAAGAGGAAAUUUUCGUGCGAAAGUGGCUCGGGGGCAGAUAUACCAACAUGCACAAAUAAGUUUACAUACAUCGAAGAGUUAUUAAACUCCGCUAUCAGAGAAGACAAAUCAUACCUUGGACAAGAAAGCAUUACUCGCAAUCAAGUUCAUCGAAAAAUAUUAAGAAUAUGUGAAUCGAAAGCAUUGAUACAAAAUUACUGGGUAAUCGAUUCGAUUCUAGAACUGUUUGAGAAGCAAAGAGGGGAGUGUUUAAAAAGACAAGUCCAGACUAAAACAUUAAGUGACCUAAUAAUCAACUCCUUUAGGUGACAGCUGACGUAACACCCAAGGUGCUCGCAUUGUCCUCACCUCCGCCGCUCGUAGGCGAUUCUUCAUCUACUUUUCUUCCAUAGAUAACAGUGAUUAUUAGCACUCGCGCUUUCUCUGGCUACACUAAUAUUUGGAAAAUGUAUAAACGUGCCUCUCCUUUCUCGCAAAGCGUUUGUAUAACCUGUCACUGAAGUUUAGGGUGUCGAGUCGGGGUUGAGGAGUACGUAUACUGACUUUACCGUAAAAUAAAGUGUGUAGCGUGAGGGGAAGAACGACUUAUAUUUAUCCCGCUCGGUGUCACAUCAAAUACCUCUCUUUGUGGUUUGAGAUGCCGCUAUACUUCGCCA